GGCCGAUCGAUGACUUUUCAAAUACGUAGUUUAUUUAUUUUUUUCAUUUUCGAUUUAUGAAAAUAUAUACUAUAAUUUUUAAUUAAAUAUAUAUAUAUAUAUAUAUCUUCCAAUCAAUCACAAUCUCAACAGAUAAACAAAUGGAACAUGAGUAUGGAAUUGAUAAUAACCUAGCUUAGCCUGCUUAGCUAAUAUUAAUUUCACAAUCAAGUAUAUACUUUGAAUGCAAACCUCUCCUCCACAAGAAUUCCAUCCAUCAAAAUGCUGGCGGAACUUAACACCAUCAGAACUAACCAAUCAGUCGAUGGCCGAGUAUCCAUCCACCGCCACCGCGGUCUCACUGCUGCUGCUGCCAACGGCUCCGACGUCUAUUACGGUGCGAGUCCUGUGGGGGUUCCGUUCCUGUGGGAAUCCCAGCCAGGGACUCCUAAAUUCAAAUUUACAAAAUCCACCUGCUGCAGGGAAUUUUACAUUCCUCCCCUGACGCCGCCGCCGUCCUUUCAAUCCAGCCCUGCUGCACGAUUCAUGUCUCGCCGGAAACCCUCCAAGAGGAGCGGCGGCGGCGGCGGCCUGAUUAUGCUUCCCAGGCGGAUCAGCAAAAAGGGUCAAUUUCAGCGUUCUCCUUCGAAGGAGGAGGAGGAGGAGGAGGAGGAGAGUGAUGAUGAUUAUGAGUCGCCGGUUUCAAGUUUGUGCUUUGGCGGCGGCGGCGGCGGCGGCGGCACCCGGCGGCGGGGAUGCAGCUCCUACACCAAUAUUGUGAAGAAUAUGUUGGUGGGAUCGAUCAGUUGGUCUUCCUGCAGUUGGUCCUGAUCUGGCCGUCGUGGGUUCCAGUGAGGUUAGCCAUCUUGGACAUGGCGCUUGCGAAGUCC